AUGCACCGGACGACGCUCUGGCCGUCCUCGCAUCCACCUCCGAUCCCGACCUCCGCCGAGUCAUCCCUGUCGAGAGCAUCGAUCGACCAAGCAUCAAUCUUCUCGCACAUGCCGAGCCCAGUAUCCAAGAUAAGAAAAAGAAAAAACAGAUUAUCGAACAUUAGACUUUCAGCGAUCAAACAAAGAACAGAGGACAGCACCCCCAUACUCACGUUAUUCGUCGUUGAACCAUCGGCCAAUGUACCACCUGUUGAGUUCUUGGCCGAGCAAGGAUCCGCGACUAUCAAAGAAGGACAAAUUUCGUCGUCUCAGGAACAAUCGUCACAAUCUCACGAACGAGUUUCAUCGUCACCAUCUCAAGAACAAGCGUCAUCAUCGCACGCUCAUCCCAAUCCCGAACUUCACGAGCGACCACACGAUUGGCAAGAAGAAAUUUGUUGUUUUAUCGCAGACGGUAUCGUCCCCUCGGACAAGUGGGAGGCCCGGCGCCUUCCGACUCGCUGCGCGCAUUACACACUUCUCGAUGGCAACGUCUUCCGUUGGACAGCAUCUGGUACACUUUUGACUUGCGUCGGUUCCGAAGAAAUCAAUGAUGUAAUGAGAGAGGUUCACGAAGGUUCCGGCGGUAAUCACUCCGGAGGUCGCGCUCUCGCACAACGCAUACGCAAUAAUGGUCAUUAUUGGCCAACCAUGAAUGACGACUGCGAUAAAUUCGUCGCUAGAUGCGAGAAAUGCCAGCGCCACGCUCCAAUCAUCCAUGCGCCAACCGAACUGUUGAGAACGACCUCUCCACCAUAUCCCUUUAUGAGAUGGGCAAUGGAUUUCGUUGGACCUCUCCCUGCGUCCCGUCAGAAGAAAUACAUUCUCAUUAUGACGGAUUAUUUCACCAAAUGGGUUGAAGCCGAAGCCUACGCAAAAAUCGGAACAAACGAAGUCCAAAAAUUUGUGUGA